AUCACUACUUUUCUUCUAAAUGAAAUGCUGACAUUACAAAAUGCAUGGUUUUAUACUGCAAUAGCAUUGAGAUCAAAACAUGUGGUUUGAAUGGAAGUCAAUGAGGCAUUUUUGAGAGAAGUGAAAUAAUUAAAAUAAUGAAACAGGCAUUUAAAGGGUUAAAAUCCUGACAAUUAUUGGAUGUUUGGUAGUUUUGAGCACGCAGAAAUAUUGAUGUAUGAUGAUUUAAUAGCAGUUUUUUUGGGCAUGUACAUUUUGUCCAUAGGAAAUGCAUCACGAGAGUAAACGUCAUUGGAUUUAAAAAAUGUGACUCAAAAGAAGACUUCGUGCAAAAAUCCAUGCCAAAAGCUGUAACACAGCUCAAAUGAUCACCAAAUAAAGUUAAAAAAAUCCGGAAAAAUUUACAAAAAUGCCCGAGGAGGGCACAAGGGCAGAUCGCAGACCAUAUAACAUUGUUUGUGAUUGUAGCCCAUGCUGCGUGUGAUCCAAUCAGCAGCAGGUGCAGCAGCAGGUGUGAUAAUGAAGGUGAGAUAAUGAAGGUGAGUUCAGAGUGAGAUCAGACUACUUCGCUCUCCCGUCGCAGCACUCCAGCACGAGCUCCUGUCUCCCGCAUCAUGUCGGUGAUCGCGUGGCUUCUUUGGAUUAUGUUUCGUGGUACUCUAGGAGGUCCGGUUCAGCACGCGACAUGGUCGGAAGGUGCAGGCCUAAAUCCGGUAGAGACACCACGGUAUGAAGCCACGAACCCUUCGUUCUACCACCUGCCCAUGUUCCAGCAUGCACGGGGGCCACUUGUAUCCCCGGAGCUAUUUCGUCCGGUCCUUCAGAAGAGCCCGCUGCCCACCGGACUGAAUUCUAUACUGUUCCCGCAAGCGAGAACACAGCACAGCGUCUCGGGGACGGGGUCACGCGCUGUGCACGUCUGGUGCGGGUUCGAUGAUAUCUCUGUGCGCGUCGACCGCCUCCACCUGCGCACGUGGACCGAUCCAUCGCUGUUUCGACUCGGCUCGUGCCCGGUCAGCAGGGUCAGCCCCCGCUUUCUGUACUUCCACCACAGACUGACCGACUGCGGCGGACAGCCUCAGGUUGUUGGCGGCCAGCUGGUGUACAGCUAUGUGCUGUGCUAUACUCCACCUCAGCAAGGCUACGUCAUCAGAGUCGUACCACUUAACUUCCCUAUCUAUUGCAAUUACAACAGGUUCCAUUACUCCUACCAAGUUGGCUUCAGACCUCAAGUUCAACACACAACCUUAAUGAAGAGCAUCAGGAGUAAACUCAGCUACAGCCUCACUGUCUGCAAUGCCCAGGGAGAGCCCGUCCCAUCAGGCCAUUGGUUCUUUUUAGGGGAGCCGGUUUAUUUUGUUGCCCAGGUAGCAGCUCUGUUUGCUGGGGAGAGGCUUUAUGUGGACUCUUGCUAUGCCACAAGCUCCAGCGACCCACACAGUGUGCACAGAGCGGAGAUCAUUACUAACUAUGGCUGCAUGCCAGACAGCAGGAGGGUGGGCAGCAGCUCCCGCUUCCUGCUGGGAGGGGGCAGUGUGCUGAAGUUCUCUGUGGAUGCAUUUCUCUUCAGAGAACUCUCACAGGUGCUGUACCUCCACUGUUCAAUGUGCAGUCGGGUCUCACCACUUCCUACUCCUCAAAGUCCUGCGCUACGACCAGGCUGCUGGCACUAUUCAGAAGAACACCGAUGUCGGAGCGAUCCAGGCUUGCUCACAGACAAAAAG